UGAUAGUCCACAUCCCACACCAGUGACAACUCCCUUCCUAAAAAGCAAGAACUUAACUCACACUCUACAAAACACACUCUAGAAGUAAUGGCAGUUGGUGGAAAGGCGGCGUUGGCGCUACUCCUUUGCGUCAUGGUGGCAAACACGGUGGAGGCUGCCGUGACCUGCCAGAUGGUGGUCAGUAGCCUAACACCGUGUGCCUCCUACCUCACUGCACGAGGCCCUGUAACAACCUCAUGCUGCAAUGGUAUAACCUCACUCUAUAAGGCUGCAUCAACCACGGUCGACCGUCAGACCGCCUGCAAGUGCAUGGAACAAGCCGCCGGCAUGGUUCCCGGAAUCAACCUUAACGCUGCUAGUAGCCUCCCUGGGAAAUGCGGUGUCAGCAUCCCCUACAAGAUCAGCCCUACUACUGACUGCUCAAAGGUGCAAUGAAGAGGUGACCAAAGGAGCAAGUACAAGCACUAGUAUAGCAUUGAAUAAGGUUGGCGAUGGCCACUUGGCCAGUACUUGUGUUCGUCUCCAGAUGGCUAUCAUGUACUCUCUGGAUAUUUAUUUAUCCUCUAGUAGUGUGUGUCUUGUAUGUUUGCUUCCGUUGGUUGUAGUUGGUGUUUGCUCUUCGUAAUUACGUUCAAUGAAUCUCGUUUUUUUUUUUUUUU